GCUUCUGCAUCGGACGAAGCCUCACACUUCAUUUCGAUCAAAGCGUCGAACCUGCAGCGUCGUGUCGAUACGGAUAUGCAGGUGUCAGCGGUGCUCGCGUUCCUGGCCGUGGCGGUCAUGACCGUCCGCGCCGACAGCUUCAGCGCCGAGGACCAGGCAAUCUGGAUUGACCGGCACAACUACUUCCGCACCACAGGUCUGCCAUGGUCGGCGGGGGACAUGCGUCGCAUCGGAUGGAGCUCCGACCUGGCCACAAGUGCCGCCACCACAGCCUCCAAGUGCUCGGCCACUUCAGCAGCAGGUGUCAAUGCGUACCAGUCUUCAUCGGCCAACUCGUCGUCCAUUAUCGACGAGGCCAUUCAACAAUGGGUCGUGGAGACGUCCAUGUCUACGCUUAAGACGUUGAGCCAACCGGGCGCUUCCGGCAUAGACGUAGGAACAGGCACGUAUAACGCAUACUCACAGAUUCUAUGGGCCGCGACCACUAGCGUCGGAUGCGCAACGGCUAGUUGCUCCGGUGGCGACUUCGUGGUGUGUGAAUACUCGCCGGCAGGUAAUGAUGGGUCGUCACCUUGGUAUGUCCACGCCGACACGGCCUCGGAUUGCCCAUCCGGCACAACAGCGGCACAGGGACUGUGUAUCGUCGAGAGAGACGCGGCCAACAACCAGAUCGCCCCAAUUCCGGCGGGCAAAUUGACUUACGAGGUGUAUCCGGCCUAUGUGGCUAACAUUCAGACAGUGCUGAUUGAGGCAGCACGUGCUUUGGCUAAUGGUUCGGGUACGCAGUCGACGCAACAGACAGCAACAAACUCGACGGAGCAGACGGACACUGCGCCCACCGCGCCGGCAGCAACGCCGGCUGCGCCUACUACGCAGUCUUCGGGAGAUUCUUCGUUUGCGGAGGACAGCAGUGCUGCUACUAAGACCGGCACCUCGACUGAGGGCAGCAGUGCUGCUACCAAGACCGGCACGUCGACAGAGGACAGUGCUGCUACCAAGACCGGCACGUCCAAGACGCCCACGUCGUCGACAUCAUCAGACUCGAGCUCAAGCUCCGAGCCCUCUUCCCCUGUCACUGAAGCCGGACAGGGGUCGGAGAAGAGCAUCACAUCGUCAAGUUCGAGCUCGAAUUCCUCUUCUACCGGCACAAAGUCAGGCAAGACAAGUCAAGAUUCAACGAAGGACUCAUCAACACAACAAACGACCGAUUCAAACGCGGACGAGUCGGCUCCCGGCACGGUAAAGGCGAGCUCCGACACCGGGUCAACCUUUACGAACCAGGCCUCGUCGAAGACGACGGAAUCGUCGACGGAACAGACGUCACCCAGUACACCCAGUACACCCAGUUCGCCAGCCACCAAUCCACCCAGCGCGGCUACUACCGAAAAGACUGCUGGUUCGGCUGAUGCUUCAAGUAUUAACAACCAGUCGGUCGCAUCUUCCGGCGGAGGUAUCUCUGCCGCCGGCUUGGCCGGUAUGAUCGUACUCGCGAUUGUCGCCGUGGCUGCGUUCGGUGUGAUCAUGAGCUACAAGAGAAACCAGAAGCGGCAACGCGAGAUCAUGCGCGACGGCGGCAUCCGGAUCAUUUAA